GUCGCGCAAUGACAGUUGGAACAGCUGAUUCAAAAUUUCACAACUCGCCGCUCCAUCUGAAUUGUUUACCUGCCCUUGAAAAUACACUUGUUUUUAACUUUCAAAAGUUUUCCAGAAAUGUCUGAGCGUCGGGGUAGCAUUAUGAAGGGGAUUCGCAAAGAUAGCCAUACUGACAGGCUCCGAGAGUCAACCAUGGACAUUGAAAUGCAUGACGACGACGAAUCCCACCCUGUGAAACGAGGGUCUUCAGUUUGGAAAUCAGGGUUCAAAGGGAAACUAGCCAACACCUACAGGUUGGGACCAAAGCAGAAGUUUCUUCCCCAUUUGAUUCAGAAGAAAGGCGAGGAGUUGAUGAACCAAGCAUUCGGUGAGCUGGCCUACGACCACGACAACUGUCGAGAUGUGGCUGAUAAAGUGGCUGCAGACGUCCUGGCGUUCUGCAAAGAGCAAGUGUUCGACCGCUACAGAUACGUGGCCAGGGUGGUCGUCGGCGAAAAGAAAGGCCAGACAGUGAAGAUUGCAAGCCGUACCCUGUGGGAUGAUGAAAAGGACAACUUUCUAACUCUCAACUUUGAGAACAGACACCUUUUCGCCGUUGGCAUGGUUUUUGCCAUUUAUUUCGAGUGACAAUGGGCAAUGUGAAAGGCAGAUGGCAAUUUAUCUCUACCUGCCAAUAAAUGAAUGAGAUGUCAAGUUUUUGUGAAUACAUUUUUUUUGUAGACAAAAUAAAACAACAGUAUCAGUGACCAUCUGUGUGUUUCUGACGUGUGUAUGUGGGUUUGUUGGCAUCACCCAAGAAAGGUAUAAACAUUUUAUUUAAAAAUGGUAAAAUACUGUACAGAUUACUUUGCAAAAUAUCUCAAAGAUUUCAAUUUAACUCACAGAAAUGUACAAAACACUAUCAAUACACACGACACAAACCACAUUCAGUUGAAAUGUACAA